AUGGCCAACCACGGAGUCGCCGCUCUCCUGAUCGCGUCCCUUCUUGUGGCGGUCACCCUCGCCGACGCCAGGAUCACCGUGAACGUGCAGCGCGACAGCAUUAACGGAGGUGCGUCCAUGUCAACCAAUCAACAUCGUUUCGCAGGUUAUGCGGCGAACAAGAAGGCGGUGCCGGCGCUGACGUGCAACAAGGUGAGCGCGGUGCAGCAGGGCGAGACCUGCUCCUCACUAGCGGAGGACGCCGGGCUGACCCAGGAGGACUUCCUGGGCUUCAACCCCAACAUCAACUGCGUCAGGAUCUUCGUAGGCCAGUGGGUCUGCCUCGACGCGUCCUCUGCCUAA